AUGCUCGUAUUCAUGCAGGAUAAUGCCCCGAUUCACGCCAGCCUGAGCACCCAGGCCCGGUAUAGUCAGCACCAAUUCGACCUUUUGCUCUGGCCGGCUAACAGUCCUGUCUUGGAUUCAAUGGAAAACGUAUGGGGAUCCAUGAUAAGGAAGAAUGAUGAAGGAAACAAGCAGUUGGAGAGGCUCGCUCAAGGUGUGCAGCAGUAUGCUUACACAUGUAUUCAAGAUCAUCAAGUAUGGAGUAAUCACCGUUUCUGGGAGGCUGCGUUCUUCCAUGAUGUACACGAGCUUAUGCGUCGUCAUUAUGGAAAUCAACAUGACACUAACACACUACUAUCAGGAAAGAGUCGCCACGACAUGUGGAACCUUCUAGAGGAGCCAACUGCAAUGACGUUAUCGGCUGCACGGCUCAGCCGUCUGUCCGAUUUUUCUGACGAAGAGCUGAUGAAAUGUAGUGAAGAGGAAGAAUCUAUUGUGCACGGUCAGGCGAAGCAUUAUGUUAAUCUCAUGAUCUACAUAAAAGUUCCACUCGAUGCUUCAAGACUGCGUAGGGUUGAUAAAAACGACCUGGAGUCACGUGGCAAUUUCCAAGAUCAACAUGACGUUGGUUUUUGCGUGGUUAGCUAUUUCCACCAUUGUUCGUAUUUGUUUUAA